GCAUUUUAGUCCCUCCCCUUUGCUCAGUCCGGUGCUCAGUUCGGUGCGGUUCCCGAGAGCCGGCAGGCCCAGAUAUCAUCAGAGUUCGAAUUAUUCCUAUUAUUUAUUAGAUGUUUUAUAAAGGUAGAGUAAAAAUUAAAAAACACUAUGUCCGAUGAAGUUUUUAGCACAAUUUUGGCUUAUACAAAGAGUCCAAAAGUCACCAAAAGGACUUCUUUCCAGGAUGAGCUAAUAAAAGCAAUUACAGCUCGCUCGGCCAGGCAAAGAAGUUCUGAAUACUCAGAUGACUUUGAGAGUGACGAAAUUGUUUCCUUAGGUGAUUUUUCUGACACCUCAGUAGAUGAAAAUUUGGAUAAAAAAAAGAUAAAUGAUUUCCAUUUGUCAGAUGAUGAAGAAAAGAAUUCUCCAAAACUGUCAUUUUUGAAAACCAGGAAAUCAAACAGUGACAUAAUGGAAGAUGAGGCAGUAUUCUCCACCAAAAAUGAUGAGGAAAUGGCACCUGAUGGCUGUGGAGAUAUGGCUGGAACUCCCUCAUCUGAAUCUCAAAAUAAAGACCGGGAAAUUGAAAAAGACGAAAUUGAAAUAAAACCUAAACCCAGAAUUCUUCCAGUCAAAGGCAAAUCUUCAGAAAACGGCAGCAGUCUUGAAGCAGACAAGCACUUUAAGCCUUUACCUCGUCCACGGAGCAUGUUGAAAAAACACAGCCACAGGGAGGAGAAAGAUGGGCUAGGCAAAGAUGAGACCACGGCCCUCCAUGAAGAAUUGGAGGCACAUUCUGCACCCUCCCCCUUUCCAAAACUAAGUGACAGACAACUAGAAGCUAUGAAAAAAUUGUUCUCCGAAACCCUUGAUCCUGAGGAUCCAUGUUUAACAAGUUUAUCAUCGUCAUCCCUUAAAGAAAGUCUUGGAGAUUCCUUUUCACCAGGAUCUGGAGGAAAAACAUCCAUAAAAGAUCAGAAUGAAGAACUCCCUGAAAACCACAUGAGAUCAAAUGAAAAUGAAGAGAAUUCAUUCUUGAUAGACUUUGUCACUCCUCCAAUUGAGAAAUCCCAGGAAAGUCAAGUGAUUACUGAUGACCUUGAAGAAGAAAAGGAGAAAGCUGAACUGAUGAUGAAUGACUUAACAGUUGAUCCACCAUUGUUGAAAGCUCAGAGUAUCUUAAUAUCUACUGAUGCAACGGAGCCUUCAAAGAAAACAAUUGAAGAUAGAAAUAUGAAGACUAAAAAGUCAACAAAUACUAGAGUUUCCAGUGCAUCUGGCAGAUUAAUGACUCCUGAGUUCUUAAAGAAAUCUAAUUCUGUAAGGAGACCUCCAUCAACAGCUACCUCUUCUCACUAUUUAGGGACUUUGAAAGUCUUGGACCAAAAGCCCUCACAGAAACAGAACAUAGAACCUGAAAGAGCAGACAGCAUAAGGGCAGCUGUUUAUCAGGAGUGGUUAGAAAAGAAAAAUGUGUAUUUACAUGAAAUGCACAGAAUUAAAAGGAUCGAAAGUGAAAACUUAAGGAUCCAAAAUGAACAGAAAAGAGCUGCUAAGCGAGAAGAAGCAUUAGCAUCCUUUGAGGCCUGGAAGGCUAUGAAAGAAAAGGAAGCAAAGAAAAUAGCUGCCCAAAAAAGGCUUGAGGCCAAAAACAAGAAGAAAACAGAGGAAGAAAAUGCCGUGAGAAAGGAAGAAGCACUGCAGGCCUUUGAACGAUGGAAAGAGAAAAAGAUGGAAUAUCUUAGGGAGAAAAAUAAAAAGGAGAGAGAAUAUGAACGAGCGAAGAAGCAGAAAGAGGAGGAGACGAUUGCUGAGAAAAGGAAAGAUAACCUAACUGCUGUUGAGAAAUGGAAUGAAAAGAAGGAUGCUUUUUUCAAAGAAAAGGAGAAAGAGAAAAUAAAUGAGAAAAGAAGAGAGGAACUGAAAAGAGCAGAGAAAAAAGAUAAAGAUAAGCAAGCUAUUGAUGAAUAUGAAAAAUGGCUGGAAAAGAAAGAAAGGCAGGAAAGAAUCGAACGAAAACAAAAGAAACGUCAUCCCUUUCUGGAAAAUGAGGCACUUCCUCCCUGGAGCCCUCCAAGCAGAACUGUAUUCUCAAAAGUGUUCUGAUACUUCUCAGUUUUACAUUAUUUAGUUAUCAAUUCACCAUUUUAGCCACUAUUUAUUCAAUUAGUUAUAGUUAGAAGAGUCUAUUUUUAUUAAAUGCCAGCCGUUUCCACUAACAAUGGAAAAGAUGCUUUGGAGUUUAAUCAGUGAAAUAACUGAAAGCUUUUUUUUGGACUGUAGGUAAACUGCCUCAGAUGAGAAGCUAAUAAUCAGAUUGCUCUUACCAUUUGAAUGACCAUCACGUCCUGACAGUCCUUACAAUCAGAUGAUCCAUGGUCACUUUCCCGAAGCUGUGCAUGGUAUUUGUGUGUUUAUUCCCCAGAAUAGGAAACCAUCUAGGUACUAUAAUCAUAGAAAUUAUUAAUGAAAUCUGUGGAUGAUUGUGCACCUAGAUUCAGGUUUUAAAAGGAAUCAUCUCUGGGGGUAUGCAUAUAUGUAAAUACACAUACAUAUUUAUGUAUAUAUAUAUAUUUUUUUUUUAAACUGAUCUUUAGCUCAAGCAGUUGCACUUGCACUGUGCAAGUUAGAGUUUCAGUCAGUUAAGGCAGUAGGUCAGUAGAACUCGAAUUGUUGAGGCAUUUUAUUUCAAAAGUUUGCCUUAUGUUUUAAUAUGCGUUUUAUCUGUCCCACACUUAAGGUGACAAUCUUAGGCACUUUUAUAAUGAGUAGACCUCUAAAAUGUGUUUUCUAAGUUCUAUCUCACUUUAUUAUUCCAGUGGAACCAAAAAUACAUCCAUUUCGUGGUAGUGAUACACUUAACGCAACAGUUCUGGAAAUUCCAUGAGAGUUCAAGGUCAUUAUCACUGUUAAUAAUUUUUUCCAGACUAAAGCCAUAAAGGUCAUAAACGUAAUUUUCAAUCUCUUAGCUUAUUCCGGAGUCUUAUAGCUUAUAUUUAGAAGACAGCUAUAUAGAAGGCAAUUUGUAGAAAAUGCCCAAAGAAUCUUUAUUUAUUUAUUUGCUCUCUGCAUAUCUUUAAAUUAAUUGGACUCAUACUUGAACUGGUCAGCUGGUUUAUCACAGACCAAAUGUAUGCUCUCAGAGCUGCAAUACUACUUUAGCCAAUGGUGCAGCGCAAUGAUGGAUGAGAAUAAAUAAUUACUAUUUAUUAAGCACCUACUGGAUGCUUGCUGCUGGAUCUUUAUAGAUGUCAAUUCUUACCUUUAGAACAAUUAUUCAGUGUAGAUGUUAUUUUGCAGAUUAAAAAAUACUGAGACUUGGAAAAAUAACUUGCUAUACAUUUAGCAUGUGAUUGAAUUGGGAUGAGAAUUAAGUCUUUCUCCCUCCAGAAUCUGUAUUAUAUCAACUUUACAAACACAUAUCACCUCUGGGAUCCUAAAAUCAUGUAUUGUUAUCCGGAGAUUAUCUUCCUUUUAAGAAAAAUCUGUUUGUUACUUAGAGAUGUUGAACUUCAUUAGAUCUAUAAAGUGGAAGAUGUUUCCAUAAUAGUUGAAGAUUUAGUCAAAUGCCUUGUACUUAGCGUUAGAAUGUCAGGAAAGCCAGCAGGUUGUAGCCUGCGGUGCAUGUGCAAAAUAAGGGAGAUACCACGGGUCACUUUCUAUGAUCACAUCAGUGCUACGAAUAAAUUGGUUUUAAAAUUAUAAACAAAACUAGAAGCACACUGCCAGGAACUAGGAGCAUACUUCAUGAAAUCGAAACUGUUAUCCUCAGUAUGUACUAUCAAAACAUGGGAUUUAGCUCAUCUCUUUUUCACCAAAUACAUAUAUAGUGCCUACCAGAAUGAAUCGUUGUUUUUGAUAUCCAAUUAACUAUUCACAGCUAAAAAGGAAUUUGCAAAUUCCAGAGAACUAAAAGGAAAAAAAGAUCAGGGAUAUGAGAUCAUAAAUGUGUCAUAAAUUUCAUAUUAAAUAUUUUCUUACACUUCCCAAUUAUUUUCUUCUUCAUUAUCAUAUUCAGUAGCUUGCCAUUAUCCCUUCUUAGUUGUUGUGAGCACUGAAUGAAAUUAGUAAUUAAAGUAAACCACAUGGCAUUGUUUUCAUUUAGGGACUGUCAAGAGCCCUGCAUUUCCCCACUUCAUGUAUGUGAGAAGGUUAAUGUAGGCGGCAUUGAUAAUGGUUAUUUGACAUACAUUUUUAGCAAACAAGAAGAAAUCUCCACUUUCCUGGCCAGUCUAGCACUCAAAGGAGAAUAUGGAGAUGACCUGUAUUGGGGAGUUCCUAAAAAGAAACGUAAAUACUAAUCUCUUAGCACUGCUUGUGAAAUAGAAUGAAAAGAGAAAUUGAGGUGUUUGCAAAGACACAAGUUGUUUCCCUCAAAUGGGGAAGUUUGUCUUACUAUGAUAAAUAAUAAUAUUAUUUCCCGUUUACAGCAACCUGUGCUGGCCAGUUAUCUAGUUGAAUGAAACCCUCUUUUUUCCUGCAGCAGAAAUAAAGUUGAGUUUUGGGAGCUGGGUGAAAAUAAAGUCCUGCUUAUUUUCUGAGAUCGAAAGGGGCGAAUCCAGCCUCGUAGUAUUCUCGUGAAUAUAUUUAUCUGUUUAAGGGGUAUGAGUUCCCCAUAUAUCUUUAAAAGUAUCAAAUGUAAAUAGACAUAUUUACUCAUUAAGUUUUCAUUAAUUUAUAAUAAAAGGGAAUUCAAAUUAAGGACACUAAAAAUCUAUAGAUUUUCAGGUGAAGCUUCCAGUUUUGUAAAUUGUAUUGAUCACUUGACACUUCAAAGAAAAUAAGAAUUUAAUGAAUAUUCUAAAACAUUACUGAAAAGAAUUUCCCUAGAAAUUUACUUAUCAGUACAAAAAAUAAAAUAUUUUACACAAUGUAUUUUCCAUAACAAAUAGUGUUUGUAGAAAAUAGUGUUACAUAAAUAAAGAGAAACUAUAUGGCAUUUUAGAUCAGAAGGAAGAGGCAGUUUUCUUGAAGAAGAUAAGAAAUGUUCAGGGAUAACAAUUUUUCAGUGGUUUGUAUUCUAUCACAUUUUGAAAAUGUUAGUGGCUCAUUUAUUGUUUUAAUAGUAUUGAAACUGAUAUUUUUCACUGUUGCCAAAGCAGUAGCUGAUAAUAGUUAAGUGUCCAUAGCUGUAUUACCUUAGAGUCAUAAAACUGCAUCUGGGAGCAUUUUAGUACUUUAAUAAAACAGGCCCAAAACCUCUUUCCAAGUUGAACAAAAUUACUCUGACGUGCCCAUGCCCAUACCACUAACCAGAAGAAUCCAGAGUUAGAGAUGAGGUGUCCAGUUUUCUAGUUGUAAUUUGCCCCCAUCCCAUAAUUUUGAGAAGCCAAUAAAACUUUUCACGCUAAAUUUUGUAACCAUGGUCAUUAUCAGCUUGGUUCAUUAUGAUCCUUUCAGAUGGUCCUUAUCCUUCCAGUGCCUUCUCCAUAACUCCACAAGAUCGAGGCUCUUUGGACACCUACGUGACUACUUCAUGGGUGGGGGAGGACAUAAGUUUCUCAAGCCCUAAGUCACAGGCGAAGAUACAAUGGGAAAAAGGAAUUUCACAAAAUGGGAGAAAUUGCAUGUCAAAGUAGUUCCCGAGAAUAAACCCGUCCAGAAAACAAACUUCCCUGAUGUCAUCUUGGCUCUAAUUUCAGAAGUGCUAUAUUAAUAGGUAUUUAGUCCCAUAUGCUCCCAUGCUACACAAAGCAAAGAUAUCAUCAGUUGCCCUGCUUCCUAGGUACACUGGCUGACAGAAUAAUGAAUGCUAUAUAAAUGCUUAACUGGAGACUUCCCUGAAUUCUGUGUUUUAAAAUUUCAGGUGAUUUGAUUAUUUUGAAACAUGUUACAUGUAAUUGUAUAAUGUUAACUAAGUUAUUGGUAUUAAAUUUAGGAUGUUGUUUUAAGAAUUACCUGAGGAGAUGUACUUACUGUCUGCUUUCUAGUAUCAUACUUCAUGUUGUGCUGAAUUAAAGUUAACCAUUCAAGAUUUA